AUGAACGGCCGUUCCCGGAUGCUUCCAGUGCGCGUAUGCCGUGCUGAACCCAACAAACGACUCCUUGCCGUUCUUUGGCGUCUUGUAGAUGGCGUAAAUUUCCCAAACCUUGUCGGUAGAGUCGAUGUAGCUACCGGCCUCAAUGAACAGCAGAACAAAGAUCUGGAUCCGCAGGUGCAGUUUGAGCCCGUUAGCGUCUUCCAGAUUGAACUUGUACACGCUGAACGUGUCGGAAUCGACCGAGUAAGUGUGGAUCACCUUGCCUGGGAUUUCGAAAUUUUCCUGGUCAACCUUGUCGAGCCACAAAGCUUCGUCUUUCACCACUGUUUCGGUCGGCAGGACUCGCCCGACGCGGCACGACGGACCUCCUCGAUCGACGAGACGCUCGACGCACGACUGUACCGCGCCGACUCGACAGCCGUCUGCGGAUUAAGAACAAACCGCAUAAAUGGGGGCAGUUUGGCCAGCUCUGUGUCCACCAUCUGCAAAAACGAAGACUCUCCGUCAGUCUGCUCCAGCUGCAUGUUCUCACGGUACCUUUCCGCGUCUUCUUUUUGUUUAGCGGUGGAAAUCGAGAUCUCCGCGUCCACAACAAUCCGACGCAGCUUCAGCUUACCCGUGUCUGGCCUCACCCGUUUUGGCGGAGUCAGGUCCACCACGGGGAUUUCCUCUGGCGCCAUCUCCGGGACCAGCGACCGAUCUGCCUGGUCGUCCUCCCCGAGAUCGAAAUCAAGGUCCACGUCCAGCACGUCGCCAACAGCAUUCCCGUCCUGGUCAAACGAAAACUCCAGCUGCCCCAAACUCUGGCCCAUGAGCUCGUCUUCGGGCUGUGCAAACGAACCGCGACUCACUGCUGUGGUGGCCGUGUGCGCAGAGUCGCGCGAGAACACCGCGCUUGUCGCGUCCGACACAGACGAGUCCGCCAGCAGCGUCAUUUCCCGGUCAAACUGCCGGAUCUGGUGCUGGUGGCUCGACUCCAACGUGUCGUCGAUCUCGUCCAGAGUCAGCAAUCCCACGUCGAUGUUGAAGUUCGGGUCGUCUCUCAACACGUUCAGGUCUCUCUGUCUAGAAAGCAUCGGUCAAUUAAAAAGGAUACGUCUUUAUACAGGGCAACUUUGCGGGUCGGGAUCCUUCCCACGUAUGGGCAAGCACACCUCACACCAGCACCACGGCGAGGGAGCCGGCAACGGUGAGAACGAUGCUGACGAACGCCAUGAGCGUGAGAGUAGUCUUGUGGAAGGACGAGAGCUCGUGUCCGUACAGUUUGAGGUAGAACGCGAGCGGGAGAGUGAUGCAGACGGUGAAACAGAUGGCCGAGCCCAGCAGCGACAUGAUCUUGCCGAAAUUCGUGAUGAGCAGAGACGACACCAGCAGCACAAUGCUGAGCGCGACGCGUGCCACGAACGGGGGCAUGAACGAGUUCGCGGCAGAGAGAAUUGGGCGGCACACAAGCGGCAGUUUCGACAGCGGGAGAAUUCCCAUGAGAACCACAAUGGUGCUGGUGAUCCAGGCCGGGUACGUGUCGUUGAGCAGGAUGUUUUUGGUGACUUCGUCCUGGACGAGCUGGCCAAACAUCAGGAACCCAACGACCCCGGUGAUCAGGUCCAAAGAGUAACUGAACGAGAAAGCCACCGUCAUGCAUCGGUCAGGUCCAGGAACGACGUGGGCCAGAAGUUUGUUGGUGCAGGCGGGAACAACGAUCCUGGUUGCGACUUGGUGGCCAGUCCUGCUGUUAGCAGAAUAGCAAAUGUGGACGUUGUGCAGACGAUUCCGGCGAAACUGAGCACGGAGAGUAUUCGGAGCGGCAAAGCGUUCAACACCAGCAAAAUGAACGCCAAGACGAUUUUGAAGGUGGUUGCGGAAACGUCCUGGAAAAUUGCAUUAAAAGAGUCGGCAAACAAGAUCACCAUAGUGACGUUUGCUCCAUAA